AUGGCACCUUGGAAGUGGAUAGGCCCGGCGCGGCCUGGGGUCUGCGUUGUUAAAGGGCUCCUGGCAGGGUGGGAGCGGGCUGGGGCGGGCAGUGCGGGGAGCAGGCCUGGCUGGGGUCCGCAGAGCUGCCCCGUAUUCUCCGCGGGAGCUCGGUGGUCCUUAGUGCUGCUCCAGCGGGCGUCUGUUCUCAAACAGUGUAAAGAUGUGGAGCUCUCCUUCAGUGACGUGACAGGCAAGCCUGAAGUCUUCAAGGGCACCAAGAAAGGGAUGCUGUAUCUCACCCCUUACAGGGUGAUCUUUGUGUCGAAGGGCAAGGAUCCUAUGCAGUCUUUCAUGAUGCCAUUUUAUUUGGUGAAAGGAUGCUCAAUUGAGCAGCCUGUUUUCUCUGCCAAUUACAUCAAAGGACAGAUUCAGGCCGAGGCAGGAGGUGGCUGGGAAGGGCAGGGGACAUUUAAACUGACUUUCAACAGUGGAGGAGCCAUUGAGUUUGGACAGCUGAUGUUCAAAGCUGCUUCUAGUGCUUCCAGUGGCGUUCCUCUCCAGAACCCCGGCUAUGGCUAUACACCUGUUCCUGGAGGUUAUGCACCUGCCCCCGGGGGUUAUUCACCUGUGCCAGGAGGCUAUGCUGCCCCUCCACCACCAAACGGACCAUAUCCUUAUGCACCACCUCCAAUGAAUGCCUAUGGACCUGCUCCACAGCCCAUGGGAUACCCAUAUGCUCAGACUCCAGGUAUUUACCCGCCACUUCCAAACAUGAACCCUGCGUAUGUGCCACCUCCACCACCCUACUCCGGGCCAUCUCCUGCGGGACCUUCAGCCCCCUCAGCUCCCCCAUCCUGGGUGAGCCCUGGCAUGCCAGGAAGCAGUAAGGCCAUGGAAGCUGCUUCCAGUGCAUAUUACAAUCCUGCCAACCCACACAACGUGUACAUGCCCAUGGAUCAGCCACCUCCUUAUACACCUCCCGAGGAUAAGAAGAACAACUAACAGAAGGAAAUUGCAAUCAGCCUCCCACACUCUCUCUCCCUGAAGACAACUUGGCUGUUAGUACCCCUCGAGUUAACAUAUCUCUGGAUCUCUGUUUCUAUAUGAUAGAUGUAGUGCUGGGCAGCUGAGCACCUGCCCUCCUUAAACAUUAAGUCAGUGGCAAUACAAGGCAGAACAACAGCACUUUCCUGCUUAUUUGCUUUAUCUCAUGGGGUCAAAGCACUAACCUUUUGCUCUGCCAUUGGCUUGAGGAGAGAGAUAGACUUCUUAUUAAACCACCAGUAUAUCACAUGACUAAUCUAGGACUAAAAUGUGAAGGCUCUGGGAUCUUGGAGUAAAACAACUUGGAGUGCCAAACUUUUUACUUCUGAAGCACCAUCCAAGAGGAAAGGUGUAGAGAGCCAUGAGGUUCCUUGCAUAGAUUCUUGGGUGUCCCAGAAAGGUGUUAAAUUUCUUAAAAUUCUAGCACAAUUCAGCGUGAGAUGGGACUCUGGAAAUCCUGUAUUGUGCUGGAAGUGUACAAUUCGUGUCCUGGACUAACAGUCAUGAGGUGAUGACCUGGGAAGUGCAUUCUAAGAGACACUGAAGCAUUUGGCUAUGCAAGAGGGAAGGGGUUGGGCACCAACCAGCCUGCCUUUGUAGCCAUUGAGUAGAAAAGCAAACAAAGGUGUGCCACAGGCCAAUGAGCUGAUAGACUGGCAGGCAUUCGGAUCAGUCUUCCCUUCCCUGUCCUAGAAGCAGGCCCCAUAUCUGUGCAAUGAUCCUGUGUCAAGCAGCUGUUCUUCAAGCGUAAUGGAGUCAAGUGCUGCACAGGAGGCUGCCUGCCUUGGAGCAAAAUAUGUUACGUUAGGAAGAUGACCUGGCACUAGCCUUGUCAGCAGACAGGUCUCUCAGCCCUGGCUCCCUCUGCUGAGCAAGCUUGCACUGUGUGCUACCUCCACAGGGGAAAACUGGCCCUCAUCUUUUCCUUUAGGCCCACAUCUGAGCAACGUGGGCAGGUGGGCACUGUAAUCCCAGAGUGGGAUUGCUUAGGAGUGCAGUGUCCUCUCAGCUGGGAACCGCUGUCUGAGGUGGGUGUUACUAUCGCUCAGCUCUCUCGCAGAAACUCUGGCUGCUCAGCCACAAUCUUUCCUUUUUCCUUAGGACAUAGUGCCAUUAAACCUGCUCUGAAGAGAGUCUCUAGUCUGGUAGAGACCCUUGUGAUCCUUUACUUAUGGGGUGAUUGUACUCCUUCCUACAGCCCCCUACCUUCACAGUGAGGGGGAAGGAGUGUUUUGCCUCUUACUUCCCUGUGUGCCAGGGCUCUCCUGUAAGUCAGGUUUGCACAAUUUCAAGCAGUUCCACAUAGGGGGGAAGUAAAUUUCCUUAUCUAUAAACACUUUUUAGGUCUGAGUUAGAGAUAUUCUAAUAACUCUGUAUUUAAAAAAAAAUCAACCAUGAAUGUUUGUAACUUUUUGAAUUGCACUUUAAUACAGGAGUGUUGAUACCUUUA